GUCCCCAUGGCAGUCUUAUUCCUCCUAUUCCUGAUCUUAUGGGGGACUCCCCAGGCUGCUUCAGACAACAUCCAGGCCAUCUUUGUGGCCUUAGGAGAGGCGAUGGAGCUGCCAUGUCCCUUACCACCCAUUCUACAUGGGGAUGAACUCCUGUCUUGGUUUCAUAGCCCUGCAACAGGUUCCUUCACCACCUUGGUGGUCCAAGUCCAAGUGGCCAGGCCAAUCCCAGACCCUCGAAAACCUGGAAGAGAAUCCAGGCUGAAGCUGCUGGGAAACUAUUCUCUGUGGCUGGAGGAGUCCAAUGAGGGCGAUGCCGGGAGGUACUGGUGUGCUAUGCUGGGUCAGCACCACAAGUACCAGAACUGGAGGCUAUACGACGUCUCUGUGCUUAGAGGAUCCCAGUUAUCUGCAAGGGCUGCAGAUGGAUCGCCCUGCUCUGUCCUUCUGUGCUCUGUGGUCCCUAACAGACGACUGGACUCUGUGACCUGGCAGGAGGGAAAGGGUCCUGUGAGGGGCCGUGUUCAGUCCUUCUGGGGUGAUGGGGCUGCCCUGCUCUUGUUGUGUCCUGGGGAUGGAUUUCCUGAACCCAGGGGCCGCAGACCAAGAAUAAUCCGUUGCCUCAUGCCUCAUAACAAAGGGGUCAGCUUUAGCCUGGCAGCCCCCACGGAUGCCUCUCCAGCCCUCUGUGCCCCUUCCACUGGUUGGGAUGUGCCCUGGAUCCUGAUGCUUUUGCUUAUAGUGGGCCAGGGGAUCGUCGUCCUGGCCCUCAGCAUCGUGCUCUGGAGGCGGAGGGUCCAGAGGCCUUUGGGCAGAGGAAGCCGCAUGCGGUGCUAUGACUGCACUGGAACCCCUGACAGCUCCUGCAAAGAGACAGUGACCACCUGUGGCGAAGGUGAACGCUGUGGCUUCCUGGAGCGCAGACCUCAACCAGGCCUGGGACAGACCAAGCUAUCUGAGAAUCCCUCAGUGACCUUGAUUCAUCAACAUCCGGCCUGCGUGGCAGCCCAUCAUUGCAAUCAAGUAGAAACAGAAUCGGUCGGAGAUGUGACUUAUACAACCCACAGGGACUGCUGCCUUGGAGACCUGUGCAAUAGCGCUGUGGCAGGCCACGUGACCCCUGCGUGCAUUUUGGCUGGAGCAGCUACAGCCCUGGCCUGUCUCUUGCCAGGACUGUGGAGAGGGUAGAGGGAGUAGGGGUAGGGGUGAAGGGAACAAGGGAGCAAGGGACAUCUGUACAUCUAAGGUGAGAAGACAAGCACUCCUCUGUGAGCCAUUAAAAUCCAUAGACCACUCUACAGCUGACUGGAAAAUUACUUCUAUUUUUUGUUGAUAGGAGGGAUGAAGGGGUAAUAUGAAGCAUCCAAGUCCUAGUUUGGGGGUUAACAAAUGUCAAUGGACUUAGUUACAAUGGUGCAUUCCUUAACCAAUUAAACCCCAAAAGACAAAGGCCCAUAUGCCCUUAGUGGCUCCUGGAUCCUCUUGCUGGGGGGGAGAAUCUUCCUUAGCAAUGAGACUCACUGAGCAGGCUCUAGGCUGAGUGGGGGUCACCAGGGUUCCAUGAGCCUGGCUGUCUGGGUUUGCUCCUCUUUUCCCUAUUUGGAACUUGGCUCCCACUAGGAUUAUUUUUACUUUUUAUGUAUUUUUUUUAUAAGAUGGGGGUCUCACUAUGUUUUUCAGGCUGGUCUGAACUCCUGGCCUAAAGCAAUCCUCCCAUCCCAGCUUCCUGAGUUCUGGGAUUAUAGCAAGCCAUCACAUCCAGCCCAGUGGGACUACUUUGAAUUGAGAAAGGAAUGUAAGCCCUGUGAUAGCAGAAUUGCUUGGUGCCCCCCUUAGUAACCAGGCCAGAUGAGGCCUCUGACUCUAACCUGAGGAAGACUGAGGAAAGGUCCCAGGCCUCAUUCCCUUGUUCCUCUCCCACCCUUUCCUGGGAGCACUCAAGCGAGGCUGCACCUGUGUCUUAGCAGUACAUCAGGGGUGUGGCCUAAAUUUAGGAUAAGGGUUAUUUCUCCAAAAUACUGGGGACUUUGUGCCACCCCCAAAUACUAGAAGGGAGGAUAGAGGCCUGAAAAACCUGUUCCUCCAUUUGCUCUAGCCCAGCCUCCCAGGGAAACUCCCUGAAGGACUCUUGGGUAAAGGUGGGGGACUGAGAAUGUUUUUUGCUGAAGGCAACCUGAUACUUAGGUCUUCUGAUAAUAGAUGUACAAUUUAUCAGACAUUUAUUACUCAAAAUGGAAGGAGGUGAGUAUGGGAAUUGAGUACUUAUGGGAGGCAGAGUUUGGAGAAUCAGGCCCAUGCCAUGGGGUCAUCAGAUCCUUCCUGGAAGCCUUUACUGGGGACAAGACAGAAGCCUUAUUUCAGGCCCAUAUCCAAA